CUCUGGCCUCGUUUCUCUGCCCGUCUUCCUAGUGCUUGUAGUCGCUGUAGUAGCUGCUGCGGCGGUCAGAGCUGAGCAGACGGUGGGCACGGGCCCCUCUGGCGUCUUUCGGUGUCUUCUGUUGCUUUCACUGAGAUGAGUCCCUGCCCUGCUGUGUGCUCACUCCGCGGAGAUCACCCGCGCAGUUUCAUCUAGCGACUGGGCAUCCUUGCAAUUAUGGAUAUUUAGAAGGAUUCCUCAGUGUGGAGGGGGAGAUCCCCUCCUCACUCCCCCUUGGUGCUUGACUCCAGGAAUAAUUUAUAAACUGUGGUAAACUGUGGAAAGUUUUUUUUUUUUUUUAAAUAAAGAACUUGCAUUUGAUAUAAACUUUAUAGAGCUAUUUAUAAUUUUUUGAUCAAAGUGCCAAAAUAUAUUGUAUAAAGAUACAUAGUUUUAUACUGUUGCCACGAGGAUUUAAAUUUUAAUCCAAAAAUGACCAUUUAUUCUUUAUAAUUCAUCCUAAAUAUACUUUUAUGUCCUGGCCUUUAUUGUUUUUCUAAAUUAGCCUUAUCUGACCAUUUUGAAGAAAUAAGCUGUAUAAAAAAAUUAGGAUGAAUUCUUCCAUUCCUGACUGCACAUUAAAGUGUCGAUCCCUGAAGCAUGCUUUGGAUAUCCUUUCUGUGAUAACAAAGGGGAGUGAAAGCCAGAUUAAGGCCUUUCUCUCCGGUCAUUGUUACAAUGCUGCAACUAUCAAGGAUGCCUUUGGCAGGAAUGCCCUCCACCUUGUUUCCUCCUGUGGAAAGAAAGGAGUGUUAGAUUGGCUUAUUGAGAAAGGAGCAGAUCCAUCGGUGAAGGACAAGGAGUCAGGAUGGACAGCUUUACACAGAAGCGUUUUUUAUGGACAUAUUGAUUGUGUUUGGUCUCUAUUGAAGCAUGGUGUUAAUCUAUAUAUUCAAGAUAAAGAAGGCUUGUCAGCUUUGGAUCUUGUAAUGAAGGACAGACCUACCUAUGUAGUAUUCAAGAAUACUGAUCCUACAGAUGUCUAUACUUGGGGAGAUAAUACAAAUUUCACCCUGGGUCAUGGAAGCCAGAAUAGCAAACAUCAUCCAGAGUUGGUGGAUCUAUUCUCCAGGAGUGGGGUUUAUAUUAAGCAGGUGGUGCUUUGUAAAUUUCACUCAGUGUUUCUGUCUCAAAAAGGGCAGGUUUAUACCUGUGGUCAUGGUCCUGGAGGACGUUUAGGUCAUGGAGAUGAACAGACAUGCUUGAUCCCCAGACUUGUGGAAGGACUGAGUGGUCAUAAUUGUUGCCAAGUGGCAGCUGCUAAGGAUCAUACUGUUGUAUUAACUGAAGAUGGAUGUGUUUAUGCAUUUGGUCUAAAUAUUUUUCAUCAGUUAGGAAUUAUUCCUCCACCUUCCAGUUGUAAUGUACCCAGACAGAUGCAAGCAAAAUAUCUGAAAGGGAGAACGGUCAUUGGAGUAGCAGCAGGCAGGUUUCAUACAGUGCUGUGGACUAGAGAAGCUGUGUACACUAUGGGACUAAAUGGUGGACAACUGGGUUAUUUACUAGAUCCUAAUGGAGAAAAGUAUGUAACUGUUCCUCGACAAGUCUCUUCUCUUCAUCAUAAAGACAUCACUCUGUCUUUGGUUGCUGCAAGUGAUGGGGCCACAGUUUGCGUUACCACAAGGGGAGAUAUUUACUUGCUUGCAGACUAUCAGUGCAAAAAGAUGGCUUCUAAACAGCUAAACUUGAAAAAGGUUCUUGUGUCUGGGGGGCAUAUGGAAUAUAAGGUUGAUCCUGAACACUUGAAAGAAAAUGGGGGUCAAAAAAUUUGUAUUCUUGCAAUGGAUGAAGCUGGAAGGGUAUUUUGCUGGAGAUCAGUCAGCAGCUCUCUCAAGCAGUGUCGAUGGGCCUAUCCACGCCAGGUCUUUAUUUCUGAUAUUGCUUUGAAUAGAAAUGAAAUUCUGUUUGUCACUCAAGAUGGGGAAGGAUUUAGGGGGAAGUGGUUUGAAGAAAAAAGAAAGAGUUCUGAAAAGAAAGCAGACAUUUUAUCAAACCUUCAUAAUUCCUCUUCAGAUGUUCCUUGUGUCUCUGAAAUAAAUAGCAUAUAUGAAAGAAUUCGACUUGAGAAACUUACUUUUGCCCAUAGAGCUGUUGGUGUGAGCACAGAUCCAAGUGGAUGCAACUUUGCAAUCUUGCAGUCAGAUCCUAAAACAAGUCUGUAUGAAAUUCCAGCUGUGUCCUCAUCAUCCUUUUUUGAAGAGUUUGGCAAACUAUUGAAGGAAACGGAUGAAAUGGACAACAUCCAUGAUGUGACAUUUCAAGUUGGGAAUAGAAUCUUCGCUGCACAUAAAUAUAUUCUGGCAGUGCGUUCUGUCUUUUUUCAGAAAUUGUUUAUUUCAGAUGGUACUACUUUAGACUUUACAGAUAUUUACCGGAAAAAUGAAGAUUCUGCAGGGUGCCAUCUCUUUGUGGUAGAGAAAGUUCAUCCUGACUUGUUUGAAUACCUUUUACAAUUUAUAUACACAGACACUUGUGACUUUUUAACUGAUGGCUACAAACCAAGAAUAAAUUUUAACAAAAAACCAGAAGACUAUCAGGACACUCCAAAUUCUCAUUUGGCUAGGAUGAGCUUUCAUGAAGAUAAUAAUCAGAAGUCAGCAUUUGAAGUUUAUAAAAGCAAUCAAGCACCUACAAUUAAUGAAAGUCAGAAAAGCAAAUCGAAAUCUUCCAAAAAAGGAAAAAGUGUUAAGGAAGAUGAUCCCAUAAGAAUGUUGCAAAAUGUUGCAAAGAAAUUUGGCUUCAGUAAUUUGAGUAGUAGGUUAGAUGGAGUCACAUUUGAAAAUGAAAAAAUUAAUGUUAUUGUCAAGAAAACUGGUAAUAAACCAAAGCUAAAUCAGAAAAAAUGUUCAUUUCUCUGUGAUGUUACCAUGAAAUCAUUGGAUGGAAAGGAAUUUCCUUGUCAUAAAUGUGUUCUUUGUGCCAGACUUGCAUAUUUUCGUAGUAUGCUCAGUAGCUCAUGGAUUGAGGCUUCCAGUUGUGCCGCUCUGGAAAUGCCAAUACGUUCUGACACACUGCAAGUUAUUUUGGACUAUCUCUAUACUGAUGAAGCUGUGGUAAUAAAAGACUCUCAAAAUGUGGAUUUCAUUUGUAGUGUACUUGUGGUGGCUGAUCAGUUUCUCAUAACUCGAUUGAAAGAGAUUUGUGAAGUGGCUUUAACUGAAAAACUUACCCUUAAGAAUGCUGCUAUGCUCCUGGAAUUUGCAGCGAUGUAUAAUGCUGAACAGUUGAAACUGUCUUGUUUACAAUUUAUAGGACUGAAUAUGGCAGCUUUACUUGAAGCAAGGUCUCUUGAUGUUUUAAGUGAUGAUGUAUUGAAAGAUCUUUCUGUGUUUUACCGAAAAAUGAUUCCAGCAAUGGAUAGAAGAGUCAUUACACCAUAUCAGGAUGGACCAGAUAUUAGCUACUUGGAUAUGGAAGAGAGAGAUAUUUUUUUGAAAGAAGAAAUAAAUACAGAACAAAAUUAUACUGAAACUGUGUUCAAGAAGGCAAAAAUAAAAGCAAAAAAGAAACCACGUAAGCGUUCAGAUAGUUCUGGAGGUUAUAACCUUUCGGAUAUUAUUCAGAGUCCACCAUCUACAGGAUUAGUAAAGUCUGGUAAGAACAGUUCUGUGGAAUCUCUGCCAGAACUGUUGACAUCAGAUUCUGAAGGAAGCUACGCAGGAGUGGGUAGUCCUAGAGAUUUACAAUCCCCUGAUUUCACAACAGGAUUUCAUUCUGAUAAGAUUGAGGGGAAACUUAAAUUAUUUGUUAAUGGUACACCGUCUACAUAUUCUAGGGAAGAUUUAAAACCAUGGGGAAAAUCACCAGUACUUAAAAUAUCUGCUCCACAGCCCAUUCCCAGUAGCAGAAUUGGUAAUACCACCUCCUCCAGUUGGGUUACAGGCUCUUUCAGUCCUAUCAGCCCUGCUGUCAUGGACCUGAGAACUAUCAUGGAAAUUGAAGAAAGUAGACAAAAAUGUGGAGCUACACCAAAGACAAAUUUGGGUAAAAUGAUUUCUCAUGGAAUUAAACUUUCUCAGAAGCAACGAAAAAUGAUUGCAAUGACUGCCAAAGAAAACGAUUUAGGAGUGAAUACCACGGAAACAGUUUUAACUGCACCUUCAAAAGCUCCCAAACCAGUGAAUGCUUGGGCAUCUUCUCUACAUUCGGUUUCAUCCAAGUCAUUCCGCGAUUUCUUACUAGAAGAUAAAAAAUCUAUUACUGCCCAUAGUUCAGGAGAUCAUGUUAAAAAAGUUUGUUUUAAAGGAAUUGAAAGUUUCCAGUCUCCAAAAGUUGUAAGAUGCUCUCCCUGUGGUACCCCAGGACCAGAAGGCAACCAUAUUUCAGAUUUACCACUUCUAGACAGUCCUAAUCCUUGGCUAUCUUCUUCAUUGACUGCCCCUUCCGUGGUAGCCCCAGUCACUUUUGCGUCUAUUAUAGAAGAAGAACUACAGCAAGAAGCAGCUCUUAUCAGAAGUCGAGAAAAACCAUUGGCUCUGAUUCAGAUUGAGGAGUGUGCUAUACAAGAUUUAUUGGUCUUCUAUGAGGCAUUUGGCAACCCUGAUGAGUUUGUCAUUGUUGAAAGGACACCUCAGGGACCACUGGCAGUGCCUAUGUGGAAUAAGCAUGGAUGCUAGUCCACUGUGGAGUUGAGAUGCAUUUUUCAUAACCAUCAUUGUUAUAAUAAUAUUAAAAAAGCUGUGGAAAAGAGUUCUGACAAAUUUGGUAACAGAUGAUUCUAGAUAGAAUAAAAAAGGAUCUAAUUUCCUUACUACAGUUUAAGCAUACGAUGUUUAUACGAUGAAAAAGAAAUCUCAAAAUUGUGAUUUUAGUAACUUUUUAUGUAAAACUAUGUGUGAGAAUAUACUUAUUAGUGUAAGUUUAACAGAAUCAUUUCUUCUGAAUAAUCUUAAAAAGGAAAAUAUGAGUGAUUGAAGUGUAAAAUUUGAGUGAUGUAUUAGAAAUAACUUUCAUUUGAGAAUUUGGGAUGAAUAAUUUAGAUUUUGCCAAAUAUCUAUUAUCACUCUUCUUUUUUAAUGUGACAUCGAUGUGCUUAAAGUAGGAGCAUCAGUUAUUACUUCUGCUGUAUUAAUGGCCAGAAUUUUGGAUUUGCUGCACUAGCUAUUAUGUCUCCAUUCUUAUGUCUUUUUUUAUCAGGCUGUGAAUGUUCUAGGGCUCUUUAAAGCUUGAACUGCUAAAAUGCAAUAUUAUUGCAGUUUGAUCAGGACAUUCUCCAUUUUGCAUUAUGCUAUCAACUGUAAUGGAAAGUAUUUUAUUCUGAACAGCUUACACAAAGAUAAUUGUAUCUUUAUAAGAUUUGGAGGUAUUGUGGGUUGUUUUUUGUGGGGGGUGGGGUGGGGAGUGACCUUUAAAAGCCUAAUUGUGAGAAAAUUGUUCCUCAAAGUGUUAAAAUUUUCUAAAAUGCUUAAUUUUUUAUAAAUGAAUUGAAUAGUUUGGAAAAGGGUUGAUUUAUAGUUACAUUUUCAAUAUUAUAUAAAAUCAGUUCUCCAAACCUGGGGUAAAUGAAAUAGACUUAUAAAAAUUGUUUUCUUUACAGUAUGUUGUUUGUUUUUGAGUGGUUAAAAUUAAAAAAAAAAAAGAAAGUUAAAUCUGUGCUUCAGCGUAUAGACAAAUUGGAAAGCUUAAUGUUCUGGAUUCUGGAAGAUAAGCCUAGAGGAACAGACAGGCAAUUCACUGUUGUAAUUCAGUUGAUGGAAAUAUGGCAGCAACUAUCUCAAUGUUUCAAGUUUAGCUGUACCUAACAGCAGCAAAUAUGUAAGCAAAUUUGCAAUAAAAAAUAAUCUUGAUCCAUUUCA